GUUGAUUCGUACCGACGUUCGAGGGAAGGCGCCACUCCGGGAGUAAGUUGUAGAUCCGGCUAACCUGCCCUGCCUGCACCGAUUGCGCCAAAGAAUCUGUCGAUUUCCAGAGCUGACAUCCGGCUCUUGACGAUAUAGCGCCUUUUUUUCUUUAGCGAAAGCUAGGCAAUCAUCAAUGCAGUGAGUGCUUGCUGUGCAGUCUUUCCUUAGAGGACAUCGCCCUCCGAAACUUGCAAGAUGGCAGCAUCUGGCGAUAUGAGUCACUUGGAGCUAAAAGUUGCGUUCGGGCAUCAUCGCAAAAUUUCGGACAGUGCGGAAUUCAAGGCCAUGACGAAGAUGGACGCGUGCUCAGCCAUGUCAACCGAAUUGGACAAGCUCUUGAGAACGGCACCCGAAGCUCAGCUUGUAACUACAAAAGCCGAAUUUGCUGGCUUCGAACGACUUUACGGGCGUUUCAUGUCCGAUUCGACGUCAACCAUCGCCUGGGACCGUAUAGAGCCGCUGCCAGCGACAGCGAUCAAGGAGUACAAGACAUUACCCGAACCAGCUGACGCUAAGCUCAAAGAAAUGCUCUCAAAAUUAGUCGUCGUGAAACUCAAUGGCGGUCUCGGAACGUCGAUGGGAUGCCAGGGACCGAAAAGUGCGAUCCCUGUGCGCAACGACCUCACGUUCCUUGAUCUCACCGUGCAGCAGAUCGAGUAUCUCAACAAAACCUACGAUUGCGAAGUUCCGCUGGUGCUGAUGAAUUCGUUCAACACCGACGAGGACACGAACAAGAUCCUCCGCAAAUACAAAGGCUUCAAAGUGCAAAUUUUCACCUUCCUUCAGUCGAGGUACCCGCGCAUCAACAAAGAAACUUUGAUGCCCAUCACGACCUCGCUUAUGAAUCCGGGCGUGGAAGACUUCUACCCUCCAGGUCACGGUGACUUCUACGAGUCGUUCGUGAACUCUGGUCUGGCCGAGCAUUUUCUCAAAGAGAAGCGGGAGUAUGUGUUCAUCUCUAAUAUUGACAAUCUCGGCGCCACCGUGGAUCUUAACAUUCUCAAUUGUCUCCUGCACCCAACGGAGGGAGAGAAGCCCGAAUUCGUCAUGGAAGUGACAGAGAAAACUCGUGCUGACGUCAAGGGAGGAACUCUGAUAGGCUACGAGAAGCGGCUACGACUACUCGAGAUCGCUCAGGUGCCUCUGGACCACGUCGAUGAGUUCAAAUCGGUGAAGAAAUUCAAAAUUUUCAACACGAACAACUUGUGGAUCCGCCUGGAUCGCAUCAAGCAAGCCGUGGAAACACACGCGCUUUCCAUGGAAAUUAUCAUCAACCAUAAGCAUCUGGAUGAUGGUACAAAUAUAGUCCAGCUCGAGACCGCCGCGGGUUCUGCCAUAAAAGACUUCUCAAACUCUUUCGGCAUUAAUGUACCAAGGUCGCGUUUCCUCCCCGUGAAGAAAACCUCCGACUUGAUGUUGGCCAUGAGUAAUCUGUAUGCGAUGAGGAACGGCUCUUUGCAGAUGAGCCCCUUGCGUGCAUUCCCGACGGUACCUCUGAUCAAACUCGGCGAUGGACAUUUCGCCAAAGUCAGGGAGUUCCUUAAGAGGUUUGCGUCGAUCCCCGAUAUCCUAGAACUCGAUCACUUGACGGUUUCCGGCGACGUGACGUUCGGGAAGGGCGUCGUUCUUCGCGGCACGGUGAUUGUCAUCGCGAAUCACGGCGACCGCAUCGAUAUACCACCAGGCGCCAUCCUCGAGAAUAAGAUCAUGUCCGGCAACCUGCGGAUUCUCGAUCAUUAGAACUAGAAAGUUAUCGAACUGCGGGAGAGGAGUAUCCCCAGCUUCAUACUCGAGAAAUCACUGAGCGGUUGGACGAACACAUCGGUAUAGGAAGAAACCAAAUGUUCCAUGAGAAUCGAAUCUCCCAUGAGACCCCACCCGCGACGGUGGUCAACUCUCGAAAGCUGGACUUUCGAUUGUCCUAGUCAUAUAUGGAUUUUUAUUCAUUCGGUUGGAAGAGAGUUCUAUGACCUGCGAAAUCUUCCGCGUCAAAGUGAAGGAUCAGCGUUCUUCGACGAGGCUCACUGGUCGCGGCGGCAGUCAUCUGAGAAAAACAGUGAUGUUUGCCUAUCUUACACGAAUUGACUUGUUGGAUUUUAAAAUAAAUGUUAUCUCCAUGUUCGAAGAGG